AUGGCAAGAAGACGAAUCAAAUCUGAUAGAGGCUCAAUCAACCCGGUGCUCGACGAUGAUAAUUUCCAUGAUGAUGCAGUUGAUACACUAGAGACUUUCAUCGGAUGUGAUGAGUUACAUUCAGCAUCAAACUCUAAUGAAGAAGGAAAGACUCGUAGAUACAAAGAGUUUAAUAUUGAUACUGAUAUGGACAACCCACAGUUCGAUGUUGGGAUGAAAUUUCCAAGUAAAAAGGUCUUGAAACAGGCUGUACAAAUUUAUGGACCAUUAAGGUCAUAUGAAUGCAAGGUGGUGAAAAAUGAUAAGGCUCGGUUGUCUGCUAAGUGCAAAGAAGGUUGUAAUUGA